AUGAAGUUCUCCGCUGCCUUGUUCACUCUGUUGGCCACCAGUGUCAUGGCCAACCCCACCAAGGUUGCUCGCGAGCCUACCCUCGUCGAGCGUGAUGCUGCUUCCAUCACGAGCGUCCUUUCCGACAUUAACACCCAAGUUCAGUCUCUUGACUCGGCCAUCAACUCUUACUCUGGAGGCGACCCCUCCAAGGUCGAGUCCGCCUCUUCCUCCUUGGUUUCGGAGAUUAACUCUGGUGUCUCUACUGUCAACGGAGGAUCUGAGCUCAGCGCCACUGAUGCUCUCACCAUCACUGGCCCCGUUCAGGACCUCACCAAGGAGGUGCAGACCACCAUUGAUGAUCUGAUUUCGAAGAAAUCCGACUUCGUGUCCGCUGGGGCUGGUGCCACUGUCUACGCUCAGCUGCAGAAGCAGUACACUGCUUCCAAGAACCUGGCCGAUGCCAUCACCUCCAAGGUCCCGUCCUCUCUGUCUAGCAUCGCUAGCUCCUUGUCUUCCGGUAUCACCGACGCCAUUCAGAAGGGUGUCGAUGCCUACAAGGACGUGGCCACCUCGUCCGCCUCGUCCGCUAGCUCCACCUCCGAGGCCUCCAGUGCUACCUCCGCUGCCUCUGCCACCGAUGCCACUACUGCUGCCACCACUGCUGCCUCCACCACUGAGAGCGCUGCUGCUUCCACCAGCUCCAGCCCCGUCAUCCCUAGCUCUCCCUCCUCUGCUUCUGCCUCAUCCACUCCCAGCGGCUCUGCCUCUGCCUCCGCCUCUGCUUCUCCUUCCCUCUUCACCGGUGCUGCCAGCGUGGAGCGCUUCAGCUACACUCUCGGUGGUGCUGCUGUUGCUGCUGCCAUUGCCAUCGCUGUCUAA